AUGCAGUCAACCGUGACGAGGUGUUGUCCCGCCGCCGUCGAGUCGGACGCGGCCAGCCUCGAGUUGGCUUCGGCGCAGGCAGCGCUGGCGCGAUUGGCCCAACUGAGACCGGCAAAGGCCGGUUGGUGCCACGAGGCGCGUUGUCUGUUGGCGUCGCGGAGGGCCCAGCUGCUCUUCGAGGCGGCAGAGGCUGACAUGUUCGCGAGAAUGGUACGCAUCUCGGACGGCCAUUUCGUGUACUCUUCUCGCACUUUUCACUCGACGCCACAUGCCACUUGUUGCCAUGACGUGGCGAUGAGUAGUCUUGAAUGGUUGGGGUUGAGGCUUGGCCACCGACGCAGUGACGACAAAGCGCACUCACUCACGAACACCAACGAGGUGUUGUUGCCAUUUGCUGUUGCUGUUGACGUUGACGUUGACGUUGACGUUGACAUUGACGUUGGCGUUGGCGUUGGCGUUGAUGUUGGCGUUAAGCAACACGCAGCUACAGCUCGACUUGCAAAAGUCGAGGACGGCCCGACCAGCUCGUCCUCCAUCGCCGCGGCCGCCGCCAGUUGCCUUUCCGUCUACUUCGAAGUGUCUUGCCAGCUUUCUGCCGCCGCCCAAGAGGCGUCCACGUCGGCUCUAGCCUCUCGAAUGCUCUUGCACAACGUCUGGUCGCCGAUGGUCGCCUUUUUUUGCCGCCAUCUCGAGGCACAGAUCAACGCAGAGGUAGGCACAAGUGAACUCGCCCAGUCGACCCGGCUGAUUGGCCGAAUUGCUGACUCGCUGAUUGGCCAAUUGGCUGAUUGGCCGGUUGCCUGA